AUGUCGAUUCGAUUAGACCCACCCAUCGUCACAGCGCCCACUAAACAAGAAAAGAAAAAGACAAUAUGUGAAGCUUGUCUAAGUGAAUUAGAACCUGAUCAUUCUGGUAUCCAAUGUGUACAAGGACAUCAUUUUUGUCCUGAAUGCUCUAUUAAUAUUGUUCGUUUAUUUUUUUCUGAACCACAAAAUUAUAUACCUUUACGUUGUGUGCAAUGUCAUAUUGAAUUAAAUCCUCGUGUAUUUGAACGACAAUUAACACCUGAACAAUUUAAUUUUUAUGAUCAGCAUAUGCUUAUAUUUGCUUGGUCAAAAGAUUCUCUUUCGGAAGAUGAACGUUUCGAUCAUUGUCCAUUUUGUACUUUUGCUGCUAUACGUAAUAAAAAUGCUACACAUUUUUUAUUGUCAACAUCCAGAAUGUCUCAAAGUAUCAUGUUUAAUAUGUCGAAAAGCUUGUCCACAAUUUAUAAGUGA